AUGCUCUCUCGACGAGCCCAAGAUCAAGUGCCUUCCACUGACUCGAAUGUGAUAUGGGAUGUGUUGCAGGGCCAAUGGCACGAGCAGGAUAACCCUCAUGGCUACGUGAAUGUAGGUGUAGCCGAGAAUCGACUGAUGCAGGCAGAACUAGAGAAUUACCUCACCAAGAAUAUCGACUUACGUGGAUGUGUUUUGACGUAUGAGGAUGGCCCGGUUGGCAGUCAGCGUCUCAGGACGGCACUGGCAAGAUUUAUCGACCGGAGGAUGCGCACACAUAGAUCCUUGGACGCGUCCCAGAUCAUAGUCACUAACGGCGUGUCCAGCGGCCUCGAGCACAUGGCAUGGGCCUUGGCUGACCCGGGAGAUUCUUUCCUACUAGGACGACCGUACUACGGAGAAAUUAACCUUGCUCUUCGCCCCCACGUGCGCACGUGGCCCGUGGCUUUCGGUCAGCUCGAUCCCUUGGGCCUCCCAGCAGUUGCUUGCUACGAGAGGGCUAUCCUCGCCGCGCGGGAGCAAGGGACGACCAUCAGAGGUUUGCUGCUAUGUUCCCCACACAAUCCGCUGGGGCGGUGCUACCCACGAGAGGUAAUUCAGGCAUUGCUAUCCCUCUGCAACAAGUAUCAGAUCCACCUGAUCAGCGACGAAGCCUACGCCCUGUCUGUGUGGCAUGGUCCACCCUUCACGUCGGUGCUGUCACUAGAUCUCAGCGGCAUCAUCGAUCCCAGCCUAGUACAUGUUCUCUGGGGAAUAUCCAAAGAUUUUGGCGCCAAUGGGUGGCGCGUAGGUUGUAUCGUCUCACAAUCCAACCAGCCGCUGCGUGCAGCCCUGGGAACAGUGGCCCUCUACUCGUAUGUGUCGUCGAUUACAGAUCGUAUCGUGUCCCAGAUGCUAGAAGAUGAUUCCUUCACGACGAGCUAUCUUGCCAAGAAUCUGCGGCGACUCUCGAACGCGUAUACGUUCGCAACGGACUUCUUGCGGCAGCAUGCCAUUCCCUUUGCGGGGGGCACGCAAGCAGCCUUGUUCAUAUGGGUGGACCUUGGGCAAGCAUAUCGCAACCGCCACCCGGAACGAGCGGCGCUACGGAACACGGCAAAGGAGGUCCAGCAAGCAUUGUGGGCUCAGAAAGUCUAUCUGGCGUGGGGAGGGAACUUUGGUAGCGAGUCUCCGGAUAUGUUUCGCAUAGUUUUUGCCCAUCCGCGGAGCUAUAUGGAGGAGGGUUUGCGUCGUAUCGCGAGGGCGCUGGAGAGCGGUGCUGAGGGCCAGUCGCAGAGAAGCAAACGGCCGCGGCUCAAGGAGCCCAAUGGGGCGAAGGAUUAUUGGAAGGAAAAGGUGAUGUAA